AUGUCCCAUCAGUACGGCAACCACUACGCCGAUCCGUACAAUCAGCAACAACAAGGGUAUUACCACAACAACAACGGUUAUGACGAGACCCAACAACACCCUCCUCCUUUCCAAAAUGAAGGCUAUACCUAUAGCAAUGACUCCAACCCAUACGGUGAAGAGCCUCGAUACCCCUCAUACCCCGCUGACCCCUCGGCAGGCGAUUAUCAACCCAACUCAAGUACCGAAAAAAUGAAUGAUGAGGUGCAAUAUCAGGAAAACACCCAGAGAGCACAACCGGGUCGAUCAGGAUUGAGGCGACCUCCUGUGUCCAUCGCUGAGAUGGGUCCGCCCCCUAGGAGUACGGGUAUCUUGCGAAUGUGGAGGAAAGAUGAAAGGGGUAAACAAUGGUCAAGGGGUGGUGGUGUACGAAUGUCAUUGAGGCUAUGCUGCUGCUGCUUUACCAUCGGUCUCAUCUUGGUCUAUGUUCGACCUCCGAGUUUCGCUCUUAACAGCGUAAACAUCGGCUCUUCCCCAGUAUCUCUCACCACCAAUGGUCUCACCGUCAGCUUUGACCUCAGUAUUAGUGUUGCCAAUCCCAAUUGGUUCAAUGCGGAUUUCAAGGAAAUCACCGCGACGGCGCAGUAUCCUGGUAACAACACUAACACGUUUGGAGGAGGUAAAUGCGGUAUAUCAGGUGGUACCAAACAAGAUAUCACAGUAGACUACGACCUCUAUCUCAAAUUGAAGAUUCUUGGGGUCACAGUUAGUCCUACUAUCAGCAAUAGCGCAAGUUUCGAAUGUCCUAUCACUGCUUCUGAUAUUCAGUCGAUCAUUGGAAGUGAUUCCUUAUCUGGUCUGAUCGGAUCCUAG